AUGACGACGAAGAUGCAGCUGCGUCUGUGGAUUAUGUACCAUUUUCUGGCUACGCAGCAACCUGUUUCGCAGAUUUGCCGCUGCUGGUCGCUCUUGUAUGCAUCAACAGCUGUACAUGCAGCAGCCCAAGUCGCUGCUGCCCAUGUGUACCCACAGGCAGCUGUGCAGAAGCCGCAGCAGCAGCCAGACGCUGAUGCCACAGAGACAGUUGCUACUGGCCAGCCGGAUUUCUUGCGACGAUUGAGGGACCAUGUAUCAAAGAUUCGCCCUCCGAAAGCCACAUGUCAUGGCAAGCCGCCCACUUUCGUGCACCAGGACCUGGAACAAUGUCGUCACGUCAUGCUCCGCACUGAGGGCGUUAAACCGCCUCUACAAGCUCCUUAUUCUGGUCCAUAUGAAGUGCUACGGCGCAGUGCCCACACCAUGGAUAUCCUAGUGAAUGGCAAACCCACGACUGUUGCGUUGAAUCGGGCUAAACCUGCGUAUGUUUUUCCUGACACCCCACUAGCGGCACCUCGUCGUAGGCGUCCACCUACAGCUGUUCCAGACACUGACGCCACAUCUCCGGCGCCGGCUCUUCAACAUCCGCCGCCCAACGUAGCACAACAUCCGCCUCCUGCCGUUGUUCCUGCUCCUCCGACGAGGACGACCCGUUCUGGACGUCGGGUGCACUUUCCGGCGCGGUAUCUCGACGCCGACGCUCCGCUUCCGCCCGGGGGGCUGAUGUAG